AUGCUUGCUCUUCUGGUAUCGGUAGUGUAUUGCUUCAGCGAGAUUCUAACGGACGUGAACGCGCCGUGUAUCACAUGUCUCAAAGCCUCACCGAUUCUCAACGCAACUAUUUCCAACUGGAAAAAGAGGCUCUUGAUCUUAUUACUGCUGUGGAACAUUUCUAUAAGUUUCUGUUUAAAACCGACAACAACUGCACGCCUGAAGCGAUGGGCCAUAAGGCUUUUAGGUUAUAACUUCAAUAUUGAAUACGUCCGUACACAAGAUUUCGGUCAAGCUGACGCCUUAUCUCGGCUCAUACAGAAAUUCCGUCAAGACAACCUUGAAGAACUUCAAGUCUCCUGCAUCCGCUUGGUGGAAAACGAAAUUCAUCUAAUCAGAGAUUUCUCUAUUGACAAAUUCGGAAAGGACCUUCGUUUAAAACUUAAAUCUGCCACUCUUGCAGAUCCAGAUCUCUCAGCUGGUAUAGAGGCUAUUAGGAUUGGUAAAACUCCCUCUUCUGACUCUCCAGUAGUGAAACUCUACUCGAAACGUCUUGAUCACUUAUCCAUCAUCGACGAUACACUUCUCCUUAGAGACAGAAUUGUCAUACCACAGAGCAUGCAAUCCAGCAUUCUGACUUUGCUUCACAAUGGUCAUCCUGGCAUCAGAAGAAUGAAGCAGCUCGCUCGCAAAUAUGUCUACUGGCCAAAACUUUCUGAGGACAUCGAGCGUCUUGUAAAGCAAUGUAACUCCUGCGCUCUGACUCGGAAACUACCCGUGAAAGUACCUAUUAGUUCUUGGCCGGUUCCCUCAAGGCCUCUUGAACGUCUUCAUCUAGUCUAUGCGGGUCCGAUUGACGGGCAAUAUCUUUUAAUAUUUGUCGACGACUUCUUAAAAUUUAUCGACGUUGCGAUAACUUCCACAAUUUUGGCCUCUGGCACAGUCGAACUUUGUCGCGAAGUAUUCUCUAGACAUGGACCUCUCGAAAUUCUUGUUACAGAUCAUGGAACACAAUUCACCGCAGAUAUUUUCUCCAACUUCUGCAAAGACAUGCAUGUCACUUACAUUUUGUCUGCCGUCAAUCAUCCUCAAUCAAACGGUCAAGCAGAAAGAAUGGUCGACACUGUUAAAAGAGUCAUCGCAAAAAAUCCGAUUAACUGGAAGAAAAAACUCCAAGAUUUUCCGUACAGCUACAGAUAUACCCCUAACAGCUUAGUUCCAGAAGACAAAUCCCCAGCCGAAAUAUUUUUUGGUAGACGCAUUGUUUCUCCUUUCUCCAAGUUGUUCCCAAUUCUUUCAAAAACACUCCGGUUUCGAAAGAUACCUUUUACAAACAACGAGAUAUGCUACAACAAUUUUCAAAUCAUCAUGGUGCACGUCAGAGAACUCUCCAACCCGAAGAUCGUGUCGUCGUAG